AUGGAUUUAUUCUCUUUAUUCUGUUCUAUUCUUUCUCCACUUCCUGUCUCUGCUCAGACGUCAGAUUAUUCGGGCAUGGCCUCACUAGCGGGAGGACUGGACGAGAUGAAGAACAGUUUGGGUAAUCCUGGUACAGGGGCGGAGUUAGGAGCCAGCGUGUCGGGUCCACAGUCCUAUUCACUUGUUCCAGGUCGAGACUUAGCCAGCACCACUCUGCCAGGCUACCCUCCUCAUGUUCCUCCCACUGGACAGGGCAGCUACUCCACCCCCUCUUUAACUGGCAUGGUACCAGGGGGAGAUUUUUCUGGCAGUCCAUACUCCCAUCCCCAGUAUUCCACAUACAACGAAUCGUGGAGAUUUCCUAACCCCAGCUUAUUAGUGUUUCAGCAGGAUUACGGGUCUCUCCUGGGAACGGAAAUCGGCUGCUCCUCCAGUCUCUUCACCAGCCAGGCUGGACAGAUGCAAGGGUCUCCGUACUACUACAGUACAUCAAGGGGGGCGGGGCCUGCUGCCACUGCAACAGCCUCCGCCUACGACCGCCACUGACCCCACCAACUAUGAGAAGAGGAGGAUGAAGAGAAGAGGAAGAGGAGGGACGAGAGGACGGAUAGCACCAGCACUGCACAGUUCAAACCUGUCUACGCAUGGACGACAAUGAGAAUGAAGAUUUCAAAUUUCUGACGUCAGUGAAUUUAGAAUUUUCUUUGAUUGACACGUAAGCCAACAAACGCACUGCUGGGGAGCAAAACAGACAUUCUUUAUUGGUAAUACAUUACCAUGAGGACACAGGCAUGGCAGUGUCAAUAACUGAUGGAGAUAGGACUGGUCAGAAGCAAGUGAAUCUCCCGUAAAAUAUCAAGGCUUGGCAUCCCAAUCAUCUACAAAUCCAAGGAGUCAGUGGACAAAGUAUGCAACAGUGACUGAAACUGUAUUGUGAUCUUCUGGGUAAAAUGUGAUUUCAGGAAGAGAAUAUUUCCAAGGAACUGAUUUGAGUUGAUUAGAGCAAAAUCACUUUUUCAAAGAACAAUUCUUUUUAAGCCCCAUCAAUCAAUCAAUCAAUCAAUUUUCUAUGCCAUUUUAUGGUGAAGUAAAGACAAUCCAAUUCACAUAACUUGACCAAAAUCACCCAUAUCAUUAUCAUUCUAGUCUCUUUACCGUACAUUCAACAAAUUUCCUGCUGGAAUCACAAUGCAUGAUUGAUGGGAUACCAUCAUUCACCAUGGCAGUGUUCAGCUUCACAAUUGAGUGUUCGCUAAGCACUGGCUCCUUCAGUUACUGUUGCAAUACCUGUCAAGCUUUCCCUUCUGCAGAACGAAGUAGCCACAAAACAGCAUUCCUAGCCAGUAGUCAUAUAGACUGAGCAAAUAUGUCCUUUAGUUCAACCAAUCAUCACCUUGACCCUUCAGAGGAUCUCUACAGCUCCAUGCACACUGCUUCAACAUGUGUAGAAAUCCAAAGCUUGACAGGCUUCCCAUGUCUAGUUGUGGUUGCUAAGCUCUGAUUGGAUAUCUGCUGAUUGGGGGUUAGCUUUAGCAAAUGCUAAGUCCCAGGGGUUGAAGCCAGAUCCCAAUGUAUCACAGAACAUCUAACAUCAGUACUUCCAUUCAAACUUUCCCAGUAACUGACCAACAGGCCUUUCAGUAAAAGCACAGCCUAAAAUCUGAGCCCUCUGCUGUAAAAUAACAACUGUACAUGUUCACAUCAGACCAAAAUCAUACCCACUAGGGAGCGUUAUUGUACAGGAAGGUGCUAUCCUACCUCCCCGGCCAAGAUUUAGUCCUGAACAAGAGCUAUUUAUAAUGGGAGGAGACACAGAGUAAUAUAUUAAGAAGUUUUCUGCGCUGCACUCCGUGAUGAGAGUGAAUGCCUGUAAUGAUUUAUAAUUAUGUUUCACGCUGUUGUGCUAGAAUAGUGAUGAUGAUGAUGAUGAUGACGAUGAUGAUGAUGCAGUGAAAUAUGAAAUCUUAAUAACGUUCAAUAUGAAAAAAAGUAUUGUUUAUAAAUAUGAACCGAUUGCGAUUUUCUUGUUUAUAGUUUGUUGCCUGGUAUCAGUUGACACAGGUGCCAUUGAAUAAGAUGCCAUUUGUAUCUGCUUCCUGAUUAUUGAUGUGAAGAGACAGGAAGCAGUGGCACCCUCUCUUUCUCUCUCUCUCGCUCUCUUUCUAUUUCUCUCUUUAAACUCCCCAAAGAUGGGCCCCCACUAGUGGAUCGGCUGACUAACUACAAAAGCACAAAGAGACUCAAUCAUCAUUUAAAGGCGACAUUUUACUUUUUUGACUUCCCUUUAGAACCAUUAAGUAAUUCUUCGUCUUCUACUGCCCCUUUUGAGUGCUUGUCCUUGUGCUGUUUGACAUCCUGAAAUUGUUUCUAUAAAAGCAUUGCGUUCGUGAAAACACAAGUGAAACUUUUAUUUUUGUUUGUCUCCUACAUCAGUUCUGCGCUGUGACAAUGUAUGACACCAGGGUCGAGGCCUUACCCAUCAUGUACAGACAGAAGGACACAGUUGCCCAGCCCUCAGUGCUGAUCUGAUAUCAGUGUAUUAUAUGUGUGAGGGCCCACAGUGUUGAUCUUGUGAAAGGGCAAUAUCUUCCUAAACCUGUACGUAGCUUCAUGUCUCAUUUAUGUUCAUUCAAACUUGUACAGCAAUCAGUGAUUAGGAAGAUAAGUCACAAUGUCAAUAGCAGUUUCAACUUUUCACAAUUUAGAUUUUAGUGAUAAAACUUUCUUUAUGAUAAAAAAAAAACUAAGAGGUGUAUGGUGUCGUUUUAGCCAUUGUCUGCAAGUGUUUACAUAUCUUUUGUUUGUUUUGGUUCUGUGUGGCUGACUGUAGCGCUUCAUUGCUACUGUGUAGUUUUACUAGCCAACCGAGUGAAGGCACCAAAUCUGCAGCGUGAGACAUACAAUUUAGCUAAAUGAAAAAUACCUAUAAACACUGAACAAAGCUCUUAGUUUCUCCAUCUAUGUUGUUACUGGGUUUUGAAAAUUGUGAUAGUGGAUCCUUUUACAUUUGUGAACCUUAAAAGUUGUGUAUCCACAACUCUAAAGCAGAUUCUUAUGAAGGCUCGCCUGCUGUGCUGCCAGCGUGCAUCGCAGCAGGAGCCUCUCCUUAUUUCUGUUGUUCUCUCUUGAUCUUUCUGAGGCAUUAUUGAACCUGAACCACACCAGCUGAAAACAAGGACAGUGCCUUUAGUUUUAUAUGUCAACUCCCCCCCCGACUGACCACGCAUCAUAGAAACAAGAUUUAUGGUCCCUCCCUGCAACUCCUUAAACAAAAGCCUGCGCACACAUGGCCAAUUUUAUAUAAAGCCUUUCACGAAUAAAUAACAGCCAGUUAUUCAAACUCUGGUUACCAAUAGUAACAUUGCAGCUCUGCUAAGGAGAUAGCCCUUAUCCAGCACCAUUUCAGUCAGAGAUUCAUAAAAAUGGUCAUGAAAGUCAUCAUUCCUGUAAGGAGGGUUAAUGUAUUUAGCCAUACAACUGUUUCAUUGAUUUCCAUGAAAUUGUGUUAAACAUUCAUGUUCCCCAGAGGAUGAACCCUUAUUAUCCUCUAGUGACACCAGCAGGUCCAGAGUUUUUAAUAGUAUCAGCUACAUUAUGGAUUGGCACAUUUUAAAAAGAAACUCCUGAUUCCAAGAAAAUGUACUAAUGUACUUUGGUUAUGCACUCACUUAGUGCUACAACGAGGUUGGCUUGUGGUUUUCAGUGAAGGUUUUUCAAUAUUUUAGUUUAUGCUUGUAUGAUGGGAAACAUGGCAUACAAUUUACCUGUUAGAAUUGUGUUUGUGAACAUGUUUACAUUAAUAUCAAUGCUUUCUGUCACUAAAUACAGUCACAAAGCUGCUAGCAUAGCUUUACACAUUUGUUGUUUUAACCCAAUGUGAUUUUCUUUCCAACUUCAGUUACUAACAAGAUUGUUUUACCAUUCCCUGAGUUAAUGUUCUGAUAAUCCUCCCAUAACACAUUUUCUAACCGAAUCUCUGACUGAAAUAUACAGUUUUGAGAAAUAUUCAAGCAGGACCAAGAUGUGUUGUAAACCGCCCCUCAGUAGGACCAACUGUGUUGACAAGAAUAAAGAAAGGCAAAAAAUGUAUUUAUAAGCCACGUAAGCUACAGACAUGUUACAACUCUGUUCAUCAUUAUCAUUGCUUUUUUUUCAUCAAAAAGAGCAUCUUACAAUUGAAUGACACCCGUUUACCACAAAGACACACACACACACAC